GAUUGAUUCAAUUUAUUGGUGUGAGCCUCAAGAGAAGAGUGUAAACGAAAUUCAUGCCCAGAUCAUGAUCGAACAAACAUAAGAUCUCCAAGUUUUAACUUGUUUACUUCAUCAAUUUUGGUGAAUUGCCCCCUACUUCAACCCAGAUUCAACACCACUCUAUAAAUCUUUAUAGAUUAAUUGUUAAGAGAACAUGGGUUCGCUAAACCCUAAUCAAAGAGUAUCAAGAGGCAUGCAAGAAGAUACUUAUGGACCAAGUAUCAGUAACAGCACUAACACUUCAACAUCAUCAUCUUCUCCGCCAUCUACCAACGUCCAUAAUUCAGAUAAUUCAAAGAAGAAAUUGACCAAUUUCCUGCCUCUGUUCUUAGCCCUAGUUUUCAUAGCUGAGAUCGGUUUCUUAGCCAGACUCGACUUAAUUAAGAACCCUGACCUUGUCAACUCUUGGGCUGAAUCGUUCCUCCAGUUCACAAACUCCUCUUUUUCCUCACUCUCCCUUGAUCCCGUUGAUGAGGUCGCCGUAGCAGAUUUGUCUGCCGCCGUGGUGGAUGUUUCGCGUUCUGUUGGGGGAGAGAGCUGUGAGGAGUGGUUGGAGAGAGAAGACUCUGUAGUUUAUUCUAGAGAUUUUCGUAAAGAACCAGUACUUAUCUCUGGUCGUGAGGAGGAUUGGAAGUCGUGUUCUGUUGGAUGCAAGUUUAGCCUUCGGAAGAAGAAGAAGAAGGCCGAUGCUUCAUUUGGGUUACAUAAAGAGGAAGGGACUGCUGCUGUUCUUCUGUCAAUGGAGUCAUCUCACUACUUCCCUAGGAAUGAGAUCUCUAAGGCACGAGGAGCAGGAUAUGACAUAAUUAUGACCACGAGUCUCUCCUCAGAUGUCCCUGUUGGCUACUUUUCUUGGGCAGAAUAUGAUAUAAUGGCUCCUGUUCAACCAAAAACUGAAAAAGCAUUGGCAGCUGCAUUCAUUUCAAAUUGUGCUUCUCGCAACUUUCGCUUACAAGCCCUAAAAGGGCUUGAAAAGUCAAAUAUCAAGAUUGAUUCUUAUGGUAGUUGUCAUGGAAAUCAUAAUGGAAAUGUGGAAAAGGUUGAAACCCUUAAGCGUUACAAAUUCAGCUUAGCUUUUGAGAAUUCCAAUGAAGAAGACUAUGUCACUGAAAAAUUCUUCCAGUCACUUGUUGCAGGAACGAUUCCUGUUGUUGUUGGUGCUCCAAACAUUCAAGAUUUUGCUCCUUCACCUAAUUCAGUUUUACAUAUCAAGGAACUAACAGAUGUUAUGUUGGUUGCUAAAACCAUGAAACAACUUUCACAGAAUCUCACUGCCUAUAAUGAGUCACUAAGAUGGAAAUAUGAUGGCCCUUCUGAUUCUUUCAAGGCCCUUCUUGAUAUGGCUGCAGUUCAUUCUUCAUGUCGUUUAUGCAUUUUGGUUGCAACGAGAAUCCAUGAGAAAGAAGAAAAAAGCCCCAAAUUCCCAAAAAGACCUUGCAAGUGUACAAGGGGCUUAGAACCAGUAUAUCAUGUUUAUGUAAGAGAGAGAGGAAGGUUCGAGAUGCAGUCUAUUUUCUUAAGGUCUGGGAAUUUGUCGAUAGAGGCGUUAGAAUCUGGUGUUUUAUCCAAGUUUGAGUCUAUAGAACAUGAAAGCAUUUGGAGGAAGGAAAGACCAGAAGGGAUAAGAGGCAAUGAAAAGGAGUUGAAAAUUUACAGAAUAUACCCUGUUGGCAUGACGCAGAGGCAAGCUUUAUAUGCAUUUAGUUUUAAAGUUGAUUUUGAUUGGAAGCCUUGA